AUGAAGGUCGUGCGCGAUUCAAAGUUUAGACACGUCUUUGGGAAUGCAACAAAGGAGAACUUCCAAGACCUCCGACUGUCCUCGAAGCCACUGGAGACCACAGGGAUUCGAGGAAAUGCCAAAUUUAUCUGCUUUCCUUGGGAGUCUGGCGGCGGAGGCACGUUGGCAGUGAUCCCUUCAACCAAGUUUGGGCGACUGCCACGAGAUCUGCCCUUAGUGGCAGGUCACACGGGAGGCAUCAUGGACUUCGAGUUUAGCCCAUUUGAUGACCACCUCUUGCUGAGUGCCAGCGAAGACUUGACAUUGAAGCUGUGGCAGAUCCCGAGCGACGGGCUGACUCAGCACUUGAAGGAUCCACUCCUGACCCUAGAAGGCCAUGGCAAGAAGGUAUCGUUUAGCACCUUCAACCCUUGCGCUUCGAACAUCGUGGCGUCCACGGCCUUUGACCUCACCUGCAAGGUCUGGAAUCUGACAGAGCAGGAGGCUUCGUUCAACAUCCCAGUGCCGGAGCAGGUCAUGCACAUCAAGUGGAACUACACAGGCUCUUUGUUGGCCUUGACCUGCAAGGAUAAGAAGAUGCACAUCGUUGACCCAAGACAAAGCAAGACCCUUGCUCAUUUCAGUUUUGCGUUUUUCAGCACAGGCCUCAAUGUGAAAGAGUGGUAUUGCAUUAGAACUCGUAGCGUGGGUUCGUGUCUCUGUUCCGGCGGUUUGGUGUUAGAGACCCGCGGUGGGGUCGGUGGAGGCUACUGGGCAGGUUUUUUUCUCCCACGCGGUUUUUUCCCCAUGGUUAGAGAUAGCUAG